GAUAACUUAUUACCAGAUUAUCAUCUCUGUCCAACCUGCCUACUUGGAGCAAACGCUUGAUUCAUACAACGAAGGAGAUGUCAAUGAAAGCAGCUGGAUCAUUUGGUGUUAUUGUAGGCUAGAUUUAAACGAACACUAAUAUGCUACGUAGAACACAGACGGACUUUUCUUGCUAUAAUGCAAAGGAAAGGGACUGACCCUACCAAGGUCAUCCAGAAACGUCGUGCUGGCUCAAUAGGGUCCGAUGAGGACGACCCGAGCGUUAGCAAGUACAGCCGGAUGGAGGAAGACAGUAUACAAGACAAGGAACGUUUCGCCAGCAGGGAGAAUCACUGCGAGAUUGAGCGCCGUCGGCGGAACAAGAUGACAGCGUACAUCACGGAGCUGUCGGACAUGGUGCCCACGUGCUCGGCGCUGGCGCGCAAGCCCGACAAGCUCACCAUCCUGCGCAUGGCCGUCGCCCACAUGAAGGCGCUGCGCGGCACUGGCAAUACGAGCACGGAUGGGACAUACAAACCAUCAUUCCUCACAGACCAAGAACUCAAGCACCUUAUCCUGGAAGCUGCAGAUGGUUUCCUUUUCGUUGUAACUUGUGAUACUGGUCGUGUUAUUUAUGUCUCGGAUUCAGUGGCUCCAGUGUUAAAUCAACCACAGAAUGAGUGGUUUGGUUCCUGCAUCUAUGACAACAUUCAUGCUGAGGAUGUGGAGAAGGUCCGUGAACAGCUCUCAACACAAGAGCCUCAGAAUACUGGCCGCAUCCUUGAUCUUAAGACUGGGACUGUCAAGAAAGAAGGUCAUCAGUCUUCCAUGAGGUUGUGUAUGGGGUCACGAAGGGGUUUCAUCUGCCGCAUGAAGGUGGGAAAUAUAGCAGCAGAGAACAUGGCAGUUGGACAUCUCAAUAGGCUAAAACAACGUAACAGCCUUGGUCCCUCCCGUGAUGGCCAAAACUACGCUGUUGUGCAUUGCACAGGUUACAUUAAGAAUUGGCCGCCAACAGGUGUACAAAUGGACCGAGGUGGUGAAGAGGAUGGGCAUGGUUCUCAUUGCUGUUUGGUGGCUAUUGGCAGGCUGCAGGUUACUUCCACUCCCAACACGAGUGAUCUUACUGGUUCCAAUAGCAAUGCAGAGUUCAUUUCUCGACAUUCUGCGGAGGGAAAAUUCACGUUCGUCGACCAGCGGGUAAUGGGAUUGUUGGGGUAUGCACCACCAGAACUUUUAGGAAAGUCAUGUUUUGAGUUUUUUCAUCCAGAAGACCAAACACACAUGAAGGAAAGCUUUGAACAAGUUCUGAAGCUGAAAGGACAGGUCAUGUCAGUCAUGUAUCGUUUUCGUGCAAAGAGCAGAGAAUGGGUGUGGCUACGGACUUCUGCUUUUGCCUUCCUUAACCCAUACACUGAUGAAGUGGAGUAUAUUGUUUGUACAAAUACGAGUGCCAAGUCACUACAUGGGCAGGCUGAUAACACAGCCGGAGACCCUACUGAUCAGGUCACCAGUUACCAGUCUGCAGGUCCAGGCCCUGGGCUUGAUUACAGUUUGCAGCGUGCUCACCGUGCUGCAGAUCAGGUUUAUCCACAUAUGAUGACAACAGCACCUCAUAUCCAGGUAGGUCCAAGCCCACAACAGCAACAGCAGCAGCGUCCGAGUAGUGCUUAUGGAGGAUACGAUACCUCACAUUCACAUUCACCUGCUGGGUAUGCUUCCCCUGUGGCCAGUGUUGGCCGUGUUGGUAAACCUGCCGCUGCUAGUCCUGCCCCAGCACCUGCAGCUGCUCCUGCCCCUUCUGCAGCAUGGAGCCUCAGACAGCAAGCUGAAGGUUAUCAGUACGGCCAGCUGAGUCCCUCACGGUCUCCUGGUGGUCCAACAGCUCCGACAGCACCUACGUAUACUCAGCUAGCACCUGGCCAAGCAAGGGCAGCAGCCUACCAUGCUCCAACGUCAUCUGCGGCAGGUAUGUGGGGAUGGCAACCACAACAGCCUAGUGGUGGUCAGGGCCCCGACCCCGGUCAAGGCCCCGGCUCUGGCGGCCCUGGAGCUCCCGGCAGCUCAGCAGGCGGCGCCGGGCCCGGGGGCCACACACACAGCGGUCACGAGCUCAAUGACAUGCUGCAGAUGCUCGAUCAGGGUGCAGCUUCCUCUUUUGAGGACCUCAAUAUGUUUAGCACCAAUUUUGAAUGAGUGCCUCUCAAGUGUCAGCUAAAGUCAUUUUUUGCAUUUACAUUUAUGAUUUAUGAGCGAAACACGAUGCCAUUCCUGACCCUGUUUGCUGGCUGUUUUCCCAGUGUGUGCCUGUGCGAAUGUUGUGACUUGACCUGAGCACGAUUACGACAGUUUCCACGUCGGGACCCCAGGAUUCUGUGUUUUAAUAAAGUGCGUUAAGUUGUGAAAUUCUGAUUGUUAGAUAUCUGGGAAAAUCCUCAAAACAGAGGUCUGUCUGUGAACCAUAAUUCAUUAAUGUGCAAUACUGCAACGAAGACCUGUUAAACAGGUUAUUGUGCUGUGAAAAGUAUGUGUGAAUGUGUGUGAGAGAAACAAAAACAUUGCUUCUCCGGAUUUUGUAAGUUGCUUUUGGCAUUGUUAAUGAAGUUAACUGUUUUAUGCAAACGUGAUCAAAAUUUUUCAUAAAUGCCAGUUUGUGUUGUUUGUGUUCUAUAAUGUUAUCCUUCUGUGAAGUGAAAGAAAAGAAGUUAUUUCCUGCAUUGAGGAUGAAGCAGGACUAUCUGUGCCAUGUCUUGUAUCAGUAAGUGCUUAAAAUUUUUUGUGUCACCUUGCAAUCGUUAAUAUGUAUUUAUUAGUCUUAUUUGAAGAUAAGCUACAAAACAGGAGUAUCAGUGUAAAAUACCUACAAAUGCACACGUCAGGAGAGGUAGCUGUGCACUGACCGUGUAACAUCUGCCAUGUGCCUGGCAUUACUUAAUCACAUAACUGUAUCUAGUGCCAAUUAGUGCAAUAACAGCAGCAAAUGACAGAAUCCAUUAUCAGAAUCACAGAUUACCAAUCAUAGUGGAGUCGCAGAUUUUAAAAAGGAAGGCACAUAUCAGAUCUUUCUGUGCUCAGUGUGUUCCAUUUGUUGAUUAUGAUUUCACCUAGAUGAGGUUUUACUUGUUAUCAUUAGAAUUCCUUUAUAUUGAAAGAGCAUUCUCUGCAAAUGGAAAUUAAGAACAGUACUGUUGGGAAAUAAGUUUGGUGCCUCUGUAAAACACAGUAAAGUAAUUCAAAAUUUUUUCUUUUAUCCACCCAUGAAUGACAAACAAUUUACAAACACACUAUAUCCAUAGGCAGUUUGGAAACUAAAAUGACUGUUUGAAUAAAGUGUGAUUCAAACUUCUAUCAAUGACAAUAAAAUUUCACUAUGUUCCUGUAGUCAUCAUACCUGCCAUUCAAAAUACUUGCAGGUAUCAUUUCUCUUUUUUUAAAUUUACUAUUUGGUGUGACAGAUCAGUGAUAGUUAAAUGUGAUACUCAUAGUUAAUUUAUAUCUUUGUUGGACAUAAUGACAGAUGUAUUGCCCUGUCACACUGAGUUCAUAAUGUUUGAUUUCUCUCAAAGUAUGUUAUUUUAUUAGAAACCCUUCUGAAAAAAGAACAAUGUAUGGGUUUAUUUUGGACUCAUCAUGUUAUUACUAUUUUAUAUUAAUGCUGUUGCACCUACAAGGUCAUAACAGCCUUUAUUUGUGUGCAGUUUUUGUUUAUUUGCAUCACUUUUGCCCAGAGAGAGAAAAAUUUGUCAUAAUACAGUGCUGAUAAAUCCAUGAGUAAUUAUAAUGUGUGUGUGUGGGUAACUAUAAUUCCCUCCAUUUCCUGCACAGCCACUUUCAUUGGCAUAAAUGGUUGGUAUCAUAUUUCAAACAACCAUACCAGAACUGUAAUCCUUAAGUAGAUCUUUCUAAAUAAGAGAGUUGUCAGUCAUUAGUUGUCAGCUGCUUGUGGAUUCCAUGGACCAAAUUGUUAUUUCAAAUUUUUUGCUUUGGUUAGAAGCUAUAUUUGAUUUGUGAACAUCUUGUUUCUUCAGUUUCCCACUACAACUUUGGCUCACCAGCCACUAUUUGUAGCAUACAGUACUGUGACAAAAUAAUAUAAAGUCACUUAUUAAAAACUGAUAUAUAAAGUGUUGAAGUAUUAAUACUUCACAUUUCAGUUUUAAAUAUGUUCCUCUGCCAAUGCUCUUGCCACAGUGGUAACCCCGGUUCCCAUCAGAUCACCAAAAUUAAGCACUGUCGAGCUUGGCUAGUUCUUGGAUGGGUGAUGGUUCGGUUCUAUUGAUUGCUGUUGGCAAGUGGGGUGCACUCAGCCCUUGAGAAGCCAGUUGAGGAGCUACUUGUUGAGAAACAGCAGCUCUGGUCACAAAAACUGACCACAGCUGGGAAAGCAGUGUGCUGAUCACAGGCCCUUCCAUUUCCACAUUCAGUGAUACCUGUCAGCUGACGAUGACACGGCAGUCAGCUGGUUCUGUUUGGCCUUCCAGGCGUGUUCAGAUGGAGAGCAUAAUUUAUGUUUCUCCAAGCAUGACAGAAUAUUCCAUAAAUAUGAUGUCACUGUGCAACAGUGCACUGCCUAGUAUCUACAUUACUGUAUCUUACAGUGUCUGAUAUGACAACGCAAUACCAUACGCAUCCCAUUCCGUCCUUUCCAUUUGCAACUGGCUGCUCCAUAGGCUGAAAUUUCCAUUAUUUAACUUAGGCUGAAAUUUCCAUUAUUUUACUUUUUAGGUCAUUUACUAUCUAUGUUGAGAAAUUCAGUAUGAAUAUUAGAAAUUACAAUCUACAACUUCGUGGAUGCGUCACUGAAAUGUUAUUGUUGAGAAUUUGUUUCGUCAGUCUUAGGCACUUUGGCACUAGAUGAUCCAUUUGAUAUGAAACUGUUGUGGUACCUUGAACACAUAUCAUUAAAUGGGAAGAGAAUUCAAAAUAAUACAUUUUAUUUUGGAAUCUACUUAAUUAAAUAAAUGUACAAUUGUCAGAGAUUGUGGAAAGUUUUGAAUUUGCCACAGGCAGAAGUAUGACUUGUUUUUCUUCUGAGCAGAGUUGUUAAAGAAAACACUCAGUAAAUUUUGAGGCAUAUUCCUCAGUUGCUUUUAUUGUUCUUUAGUUUCCUAUCUUUUCAGCUAUAUGGUAACAAGCGCAGAGAUUAUUCAAAAUAAUGUGAAUAUUGUCGACUAUUUUACCUAUUGCACUUUUGUACCAAGUUUUGUCAUUUCAUUGCAAGGCAUGAGGUGCGAGCUGUACAGUUGUAGUGGAGUGAAAAAAAAAAAAUUAGUCAGUGUUUGGCACUCGUCAUGCUUCUUUGAAACAUUUACUUUUUCAGAAGAUGGAUAAAUCUACUCUUU